GGUGCGGGUAAUAAGGCCUAUCGGCUAAUAAGGCCUAAGUAACGAAAAAAUAAUUUAAAAUGUUCGAUGCCGCUCAAGGACACAAUCAUAGGUAGCUACACUCCUAAGAUGGCGCGUCAAAAUUGUCGCGACGCGUCGCUCGCUUGUUUCGACCAGUGCGAUGUGAUCUUUUGUGAGGGGUGGUUGUGUGUGGUAAGAGUAAUAAAAAAUAGCCCGACUGAAUCUGUCUACAUUAUGAUGCCCCGCAAACGAGCAUUGUGGUCUGAAAAUGACUUGGUUUCGGCUGUCCAAGCAGUAAGAAGAGGAAUACUAAGCACAUAUAGAGCUGCUGAGAGGUAUAAAGUCCCCAGGAGAACCAUUAGAAACCAUCUCCAGACCGGAAGCUUGAAAAAGACACUAGGUCGAAAAUCUAUUCUCAGUGACGACCAGGAAGCUGAUCUUGUUAGCAGAAUUAUAAGGUUUGCUGAAGUAGGUUUGCCUGUGACACCACGGAUUCUCCGACGCUUGGUCUAUAAAUUUUGUGAGCUUAAUAAGGUGAAGCAUAACUUUAAUCAAAAUGCUGGAGUAGCUGGUAAAGAUUGGUUUAAAGCAUUUAUGAAAAGACAUCCCGAAAUAUCUAGAAGAAAAGCUCAGUUUAUUAACCCAGCCAGGGCACAAAAGCUUAACAAAUUUAUCGUUAAUGAUCACUUCAAAAAACUUAAUGAAAUUUAUGAUAAUCUAGAUUUGCAAAGCCACCCUGAAAGAAUUUAUAAUAUGGAUGAGAAAGGCUGCCGUCUAACAAUUCAUCAUAAACAGACUGUUUUGGCAAAGAAGGGUGCUAAAAGAGUGCAUUUACAGUCUUCGGAACACGCUGAAAGUGUCACCAUAGCGGGAUGUGUAAAUGCACUUGGUACUGCUAUACCACCAAUGAUCAUAUUUAAAGGUAAACGAUUGAAGCCAGAAUUAUAUGAUAAUUUGCCACCAGGUUCUCUAGUAGAAAAAUCUGCAAAGGGGUAUAUGACUAAUGAACUUUUUAAAGAAUUUCUGAAGCACCUAGCUAGAUAUAAAAGUGCAGGAAAGUCCCUUUUAAUAUUUGAUGGAGCAGCUUGUCACUUAGACUUAACCAUCGUUGAAGUCGCAGAUUCACUCGACAUAUCAUUAUACUGUUUACCUUCGAAUACCACUCACGAACUGCAACCCCUAGAUAAAGCCGUCUAUCGAUCAUUUGAACACCACUGGGAUGCAGAAGUCUUAUCAUUUAUGGAACAAAACCCAGACAAAAGGCUCACUAAGGCACGGUUUAAUGUUAUUCUUUCAAAUGUCUGGUCCAAAUGCAUGACUCAUAAUAACAUUACAAGCGGCUUUAAAACCACUGGUUUAUAUCCAUUGAAUCCACAAGCUAUUCCAGAAACAGCUUUUGCUCCGUCUUUAUUGACAGAAGUUCCAGGUCUUGUAGUUGACACAGUUGAUAAAGAAAAUUCGCAACCUCGCAUCUCCCCCAAGCCAAUAACCCCAAGACCCUCCACGUCGACAGCACAAGAAGAAAGAAUUGAUAGCAGGGUAAACAGACCUUCUGGAACAUUUUACCGCAUGGUUUACGGUAGUUCUAGUUCAGAUGAUGAAGAAGACCAAGUGCCACUCGCUCUAGUAAAAAGAACAGCAUUUCAGCAACUUAUGCCUACACCGGCGAAAAAUAUUGAAAAAACACAAAAUGUUAGAAGAAAAGCCAUUAAUUAUCGGGGAACUCCAGUCAUCAAGGACCUAUUCGACAAAAACAAGAAAGAGAAGAAAAUAAGAAAGAGGUCAACUCUUAAAGAAAGACAUGACAAACAAAACGAUGCUAUUUGGUACUGUCACGCUUGUGAGGAGGAUAAGAUGGAAGACAUGAGGGCAUGUUCAAAUUGCGGCAAGUGGUAUCAUGAGGAAUGCGUCGGUUUGACAGUAAAUGACAUAGAUAAUUUUGAGUGCCCUGAUGGAUGUUAAACAAAGAAAUAUGUUGUAAUUUUGAAGACUAAGCAUGAUUAAUGCAUAUACAUUAUAAUUCAUCUCAAUUACCAAAUAUUAGAAGCCUAUUUUGUAUAUUUAUGAGUGUUAAAAUCUUAGGCUUUAUUAUCCUACUAUAGUAUAAUAAGGCCUACUGACAAGGUUUUUAAAAAUGUUUUAUUUUAUGUUUGUUUACGGCAAA